GUCUCGCUCGGUCUGGCAUUUGGAAGCGACGCUGAGAGAAGAAGCAAGUAGCGCUUGAGGCGCCGGGGCUGCAGGAGCAGCAGGGACUGCGCAUGCGUGGAUUGGAGCAGCCAUGAACGCCUCCAGUUCCAUCCUCUGGGCUGUUGAUAUCUUUGGCCGAGUCUACACACUUUCAACCACUGGCCAGUACUGGGAGCUCUGUAAAGAUGGGGAGCUGGAGUUUAAGCGGGUCUCUGCCGUCAAACAGUGCUGCUGGGGGAUCGCUUGCGACCAUCAGGUUUACGUUUACGUCCACUCCAACGACGUGCGGAUCCGCUACCAGGAGGAGACCUAUGAGAAUCAGCGCUGGAACCCUGUGAUCGGCUUCUGUGAGAAGUUACUGCCCAGCGACCGCUGGCAGUGGAGCGACGUGAGUGGGUUGAAGCAUCAGCAACUGGAAAGCUUUGUGCUGCCAUCGCCUCACUGGGAGUGGGAGUCAGACUGGUAUGUGGAUGAAAACUUUGGAGGGGACCCCACAGAGAAAGGGGGCUGGACAUAUGCCAUAGACUUCCCAGCUACUUACACCAAGGACAAACGGUGGAAUUCCUGCGUGCGACGCCGAAGGUGGAUUCGGUACAGGAGAUACAAGUCACGCGACUCAUGGGCAAAGAUUCCAUCCAAGGAAGACCCCAAGCAACUGCCAGACCCUUUCAGCGAUCUUUCUGUUGGAGGAUGGGAGAUUACAGAUGAGCCGGUGGGACGGUUAUCAGUUUGGGCUGUCUCUUUGCAAGGAAAGAUCUGGUACAGAGAAGAUGUCUGCUACCACAAUCCAGAAGGUUCUUCCUGGACUUUAAUAGCUACUCCUGGUGAAGCUGUGCAGAUCAGCUGCGGCCCAUAUGAUCUCGUCUGGGCAACCCUUUGGGAGGGCCAGGCAAUUGUGAGACAUGGCAUUGACAGAAACAACCCCCAGGGACUUUCUUGGACAGUUGUGGAAUCUCCAGUCCAAGAUAAUGGAAUCCUGCAUGUCUCUGUGGGUGUGAAUGUGGUGUGGGCAGUUACCAAAGACAGAAAAGUCUGGUUCAGAAGAGGUGUUAACUCGCAUAAUCCCUGUGGCACCAGCUGGAUCGAGAUGGUUGGUGAAAUGAUGAUGGUGAAUGUGGGCUUGAAUGACCAGGUCUGGGGCAUCAGCUGUGAGGACCGAGCCGUUUAUUUCCGUCAAGGCGUCACGCCAAGCGAGCUAAGUGGGAAGACAUGGAAAGUGAUUUCUUGUAGCCGAGACAGUGACCGAUCUCAGACUGGCAGCUCAACAAGCCUUCUCAGUGCUGGCUGCUUCUUCACGGAUGACAUCAAAGAACAAGCAACCUCCAUAAUCCAGACAGAUGGAGAUCAUCCUUCUGAUACUGAAGCACCUCUGGCUCUAGAGGAAGCUGCGUCUGGGGAUGACAGUAAUAAUGGAGCCCGCCAGGUAGCAAAUUCAGGUGAAGAUGCAAUGGCGUGUCCCAUAGUCUCUCCUCUCGACGAAACUGCUCCCACUUUAGAGAGAAGGCUCAAAGAUGACCCAGAAAAACCCAUCUCUGAUCCAGAGUCUCAUCCUGCUGAAUUGCAGUGGAGUAACAUUGAUCUCAAAGAGGCAAACAAACCUCCUGCGGUGUCUGCCAGCAUCUUUGCUGAAACGUCCAGCCUGUCUUCCUUUGGAGCAUUAUCAGUUGGCAUGGAGGAUCAUUUUGUGACUGAUGAGCAUCCAUUGUGGGCCUGGGUCUCUGGUGGAGCCUGCCUGGUUGAUUCACACAGCCUGCUGAAGUGGUUUACGGUACAGUCAGCCUUGUCCUCCUCUGCGCAGUCCCUCUCUCUGUCCAUCACUCCAGCACAGACUGCCGUGUGGCGGAAACAGAUCUUUCAGCAACUCUCAGAAAGGACCAGGAGGGAACUGGAGAAUUUCCGACACUAUGAACAGGCUGUUGAACAGUCUGUCUGGGUUAAAACGGGCACUUUGCAAUGGUGGAGAAACUGGAAGCCUUACAAAUGGGUGGAUGUGCGGGUGGCUCUGGAGCAGUUCACCAGCAACGAUGGCACUCGGGAUAGCAUCCUCUUCAUCUAUUACAUGCACUAUGAAGAAAAGAAGUACAUCCAUGUGUUUCUCAACGAAGUCACCAUCCUGGUUGAGAUCCUGAAUGAGGCCAAGCACUCCUUCGCUUUGUAUACACCAGAAAAAACGAAGCAGCGUUGGCCCAUCCGACUAGCCGCUACCACUGAACAAGAAAUGCACGACUGGCUAGCUCUCCUGAGCAUGUCUUGCUGUGAAAGCCGGCAGAUCCAGGGCCCUCCAUCCCAUCAGGCUAUCUGGUCACUGACCUGCAAAGGAGACAUCUUCGUGAGUGAGCCAAGUCCCAACCUGGAGGCUGCUACGCACCCAAUGCCAUGUGACCAAAUGUUCUGGCGCCAAAUUGGUGGGCACCUCCGCCUGAUCGAAAGCAACAGCCAUGGCAUAGUCUGGGGCAUUGGCUAUGACCGCACAGCCUGGGUCUAUACUGGUGGAUAUGGAGGCAGUUUCUUCUCAGGUUUGGCAAGCAGUGGCGAUAACAUUCACACACAGUCAGAUGUGAAGUGUGUCCACAUUUAUGAGAAUCAGCGAUGGAAUCCUGUCACUGGGUACAGCAACAGGGGCUUGCCCACAGAUCGGUAUAUGUGGAGUGAUGCAUCUGGGUUACAGGAGUGCACAAAAACAAACACUAAACCCCCCUCACCCCAGUGGUCUUGGGUGUCCGACUGGUACAUAGAUUUUAGCGUUUCAGGCGGCACAGAUCGGGAAGGCUGGCAGUAUGCAGCUGACUUUCCAGCGUCUUAUCACGGUAAUAAGACAAUGAAGGACUUUGUGCGGCGGAGGCGUUGGGCCAGGAAAUGUAAAAUAGUCACAAGUGGGCCAUGGCUGGAAGUCCCUCCAAUAGCCUUGUGGGAUGUCUCCAUCAUUCCCCUGUCACCUGCUGCCAAGGAGGAGUCUGUCGCUCUCUGGGCCAUCAGUGACAAGGGAGAUGUGCUGUGCAGACUGUGUGUCACACCUCAGAACCCAGCUGGAGCAUCCUGGCUACAUGUGGGGACAGACCAACCCUUCAUUUCAGUCUCCAUAGGGGCAUUUUAUCAAGUUUGGGCUGUCGCUCGAGAUGGCUCCAUAUUCUAUCGUGGAUCAGUAUCUCCAAAGAAGCCGGAAGGUGACUGCUGGUAUCACAUUCCUUCUCCUCCAAAGCAGAAGUUAAAGCAGGUCUCUGUGGGGCGAACCUCUGUGUUUGUAGUGGAUAAAAAUGGUAACUUGUGGUAUCGCCAGGGAAUCACACCAAGCUACCCUCAAGGAACCAGCUGGGACCACAUUUCCAACAACGUCCGAAAAGUUUCCAUCGGCCCUCUGGACCAGGUCUGGGUGAUAGCUGACAAAGUCCAGGGAAGCCAUAGCUUGAGUUGUGGAACAGUCUGUCAUCGGACAGGAGUCCAGCCAAUGGAGCCAAAGGGACUCUCCUGGGACUACGGCAUUGGGGGAGGAUGGGAUCACGUCACAGUAAGAGGGAAUGCAGUGGAAAACACCAAGAUCGUAUCCCAGGAAACCUCUGUGGAGCAUCCCAAUGACCCUGAUGAAUUAGCAGCUGUGGGAAACGAUGAAAGAGAUGUUUCCCUGUCCACCGUCUUAGUGGACGCAGCUCAGGGCUUGGACAGAAACGCCGUUCAAUGUUAAUAUGCUCCAUUCUCUAAAUUCUAGAGGAGUCCAGAGAAAGAAGAUAAGGGGGAGGGCAGCAAAACCAGGUUGCUUUUGGUCCGUGGAACAGAUGUUGCCCAACUCUGCUCUGAAGACUGACCACAGCCUGUGCUUUCUUUCCAUGUUCCACUCCAUCCAUGCACCCCGAUAAUGUAGAUACUGUGAAAUCACAUCUGGAUGUGUCUGUGCAAUGUGAGUGGAAGAGGAAAGAAAUUGAGUUUUGUGCAUGCUGACAGUACAAUCCACUGUAUGUAGCCUUUGUUUCAGGAGGCAGGGGCAUUGGGGCUGGAAACCCAUGUUCAACCCCCUUGAAACAAUUUGAGGUUUGUGCCAUCCCAGCUCUCGACAGAUCAGGCCCUAGACAUGUUGCUGGUGGAACUGGAGUUUUCUUUGUGAAUGUAUAGAGGUGAAUGGGGUUCUUUCAACCCACAAAACCUCCCACUUUAAUUUAUUCUCUUUAGAAGUACCGUUUAGGCACCAUGUUGCCUAUAGCCUAUGGUGACACUGGAUUUGUCUGAAUAAGUUGAACCACUGUUACACAGCUGCUGUGUAAAUUGACACUAAUGUGAAGAAGUCUUUUUGAUGGGGAAGGGGCAUUGAUGUAUUUUUUCCCCAUGCAGCUUUCCAUAGCGUUCCCUGCCCCCUAAAAAUCCAUUAAGUAGUAUCACUGACACUGGGAAACUUGACAUGUGAGAGCAGUUUCUCAGACAGUGAAAUGGCCAUCCUUUUCUAGGUUGAUGUGCCUGAGUUUGAGCCAGUUAGUUAGUUAUACAUAAACAUAAUAACUUUUUUCUCCAACCCAACAGUACAGAUGUAGAAUCCACACAGCAAGAUUCAGCAGAGUGAAGCGAAAGGUAAGCUCCUGCAUUAAGCAGGCAUAGUGCUCAGUUCAGUUUCCACCUCCAUAUACAGUGGGACCCCGCCAUCCAUGGCUUUACCGUCCAUGGAUUUGAGCAUCUGUGGAUAACAAGCCCUGUUGUCCCAAAUGGUGGCACUUGCACACAGCCCUGCCACUAUUAGGGACAACAGGACUUGAGGUCCUGUGUUUUUUGUAUCUGUAGGAGAGGGGAUCCAGAACUGGAUCAAUUGCACUUUAAUUUAGACUCUCUUUUUCAGAGAGAGAAAGAAGGAAAAGAAGAAGAACCCUAGGCAGGCAAAACAGUUAAGGUUUUUAGAUUGCACAGGGUUCCAAACAGCAAAGGGUGCAAGUCUAUUACCAUGACUGCAUCUGUUGGAUAAUGCAGAUGAGGGCCAUAAGUGGCCUCCUGGCCAUUUUUAUAGCUUCCCAGUCAACCCCAACCCUCCAGUUUCCUCUAAACAGCAAUCGAAUUUAGGCAGGAAACUGGGAAAAACCCUUUAAAACAAGCAGAAAAUGCUUGAUUUGAAAGAGCUUUACUGCUUUGUUGCAGGAACUUGUGGCCUGAGGAUUGGGCAUUGAUUCCUAGACCUGGCCAAGCUCUCCACUCUUGUUGUAAUGGCAAAGUAACUUUGGGAAUGGAUGUAUUUGCUGAACACCUGAGCUUAGCAAGGGAGAUAGAAUUGCCGUCUGUAUGUGAUCAGAUUACAUCUAUGGGCCUUAUGUUCACAAGAUGAGAGAAUUUAAGACUGUAAGAGAGCGAAGGCCAGCUUUAUAGGGCAAAAGGGGUCCUCUUUCUCUGGAAUGCUGUGAUACCUUUACCAGCCCCCAUCAAGCGUCCACAUUGCAAAGGUGUCCCUUUCCUUUGUCAUCCCUUGUGAAUGUAUGUGAGGAGUUUUAAUAUCAGUUAAAUAAAAGUGUGGCAUGGUUUUAGACCCAUUCUUGUAUUUGAGGUCAGUCCAUUAAUAUUUGCACGUCCUUCAGUUUUAGAGCCAAUGUAUGUAAACUUACUUGAUGCCAAUUAAAAGCCAAGUUUCACAAUCGAAA